CCAGUGUCCUACGGGUCCUGGUACCAGCACGUGCAGGAGUGGUGGGAGCUGAGCCGCACACACCCUGUUCUCUACCUCUUCUAUGAAGACAUGAAGGAGAACCCCAAAAGGGAGAUUCAGAAGAUCCUGGAGUUUGUGGGUCGCUCCCUGCCGGAGGAGACCGUGGACCUCAUUGUUGAGCACACAUCGUUUGAGGAGAUGAAGAAGAACCCCAUGACCAACUACACUGUCGUUCCCCAGGAGGUCAUGGACCACAGCAUCUCCCCCUUCAUGAGGAGAGGCACGGCUGGGGACUGGAAAACCACCUUCACUGUGGCGCAGAAUGAGCGCUUCGACGCGGACUAUGCAGAGAAGAUGGCAGGCUGCAGCCUCAGCUUCCGCUCCCAGCUGUGACAGGGGCUCCCGGGGUCACUGCAGAGGGAGUGUUCGAGUCAAGCCUGACCACGGGGCUCAGGAAUAAAGUAUGAUUUUUG